AAAGUACCUGGAAAAGUUCUUGGUAAAAGUCCAACGAAAACCUCGAAAAGUCCAUUGAUGAAAAAUAUCGCACCGACUCUGGGGAAACUUAAAUCUAAAGUAUCAUCAUCAUCAUCUUUAUUAUCUUCAUCGUCUCCAGUGAGCUCAACAUCGAUAGUUGGAUCAACAUUAUCGCAACAAUCAAUUGCUCCAAGUCCAAAGAAAACCAAUCCACCAAAAGAAACAAAAAAAUGAUUCAUGAAAAUUUCCAAUUUAUCUUCGGUCUUCUUUGUUAUCUUUAAGAAUUCGUGUAUCGGUGCGAAUGGAUAAUCGAGCUUUCGGUUGACCGCGUUUUUUGAAAUUUCACUAACCAUGGUAACCGUUUGAAAUUUUUCUUCCUUUUUCGUUAAAUUAAUUGAAACUUUUUUUUCUUUUAGAAUUUAGUUUUCAAUUUUGUCUGUUUUGAUUAUUAAUUUAAUUUAGAGGGAGAGAGAUAAUUGGCUUGUAAUCGGUUUCGAAUGUGAAAAUGUGAAAGAAUAAGAUUGAACUUGUUGUAAAGAUUUUAUCAGUUUCGAAAAGUUUUGGAAACUUUUUUUUCGCUUCCAAAUCGAACCAAUCAAGUUGAUUAAGUUAUGAAUUAUGGUGAAAAUUAAGAAUUAUCUCUUGUGGUUAUAAUUUUUGUAGUUGCUCGUUACUUUCGUCUUUCUUUUGAUGAAAUUGGGCUACUUUGUAUCGUUUUGAAAGAAGGAUGAUUCCAUUUAAAUUCCAUUUUCCAGAAUAAUCCAUAAGAUCGUUGAGAAUUCAUCGUUCGAUGAAUCGGAUGUUUGAGGUUCUAUGGUAGGUGAUUCGCCCGUUUUAUUUUCCGUUUUCAUAAGCGGUGUAAACGCGAUAAACGGCGCCGUUUCUCAUAAUUCGAUAAGCUCGAAGUUCGAUAAACACUUAAUCGUAAACUGUAUUCUCCAUCUUCGACUUGAUUACAUUGAACGAAAAUCAUCACAUCAACAACUUGGAUAACUUGACAUUCUUGCAAAGUCAUUUCUCCAUUUACAAGGUUAAUUGUAAGUGGAAAUUGUGACAACAUUGAUUCAUGAUAACCAGUUAAAUUUAAAUCGAUAUUGAAUUUUGAUGUGAUUGGAAAAUAAAUCGUUUCAAUUGUAUGGAAUUGAAAACAAGGAUUGACAUUCAUCGUUUCGGUUACCACAAUUGAAUCGUCUCUGCAAUAAAAGAAUACAAUUAUAUUAGUUAUUCAUCGAGUGUAGCAAUUAACUAACCAAGAAUCACCUUAUUGGUUGUAUACUUUCAUCAGCUGAACAGGUAGCGGGCUGAUCGUUUGUACCUUGUGUCCAUUGGCAAAAUCUUUGAUUUAUAUUAUCAUCAGAAACUUUCACCAAGUCCAACUCUCGAUGGAUCUGAAUUCAUUUCUCUCGAUGAAAACUGAGUUACAAUCAAUCUGAAAAUGAUUUUUCAAUAGUAAACAAGAUUAGUUGAUCAUUUAUAUGUCUACUUUUUUUUAAAUAAACAAUCAAAGGAUAAUAUUUAAAAACGGGAUACAAACAAUCAACUGCAAACUAACCAAAACUAUCUACUGAUUAAACUCUUAAUGAAAAUUGAUUGUACUAUAAUUUUACUACAAUUAAGCUAUUUGUUUGCAUUCACUGUAUCCUGAGUUUAAUUAAUUAUCAUCCAGAUUAUUUGAUUUUCACUUGAAAUCAAUUGAUUUCUGUUAAUCGGCUCGAAAAUGUUGCCUCAAUUAUUUUUCGCGAUUGUGUUAAUUUCUCAACUUUCAUCUAAUGUAAACUGUUACCUUCAAAUUCAUGAGUCAAGUGUUUGGAUUCCAUAUUCUGAUGAUAAUAUUUCUCAGCCUAUUUUCAUGUGGCAUAUCAAUCGGGGUUUUCUACCGACACAAUUUUCAUCUCUACAAUUGAAUACUGAUCCAACCAAUUUUGAUAAUCCUAAUUUCUUUCACACUCUUAAGAAAGCCUAUUCGUUAUAUUUAAAUUCAGAAAGUACUGAUACUUGCAUUUUAUUACCUGUCAAUAAUUCAAUAUUCGUAAACUUUAGUUUCAACGAAACUAUGGCCACUCAGAACAGUUCAAUUCGGAACCUUGAUUCAAAUAAUGGUUCCCGAGCUGUUCUGUAUGAAAUGAUGCGUGGUACAAUUGUUCAAUUCCCUGGAAUUGGUGUUAGAGUUGAAAGUGGUUCUGAAUUGAUUUUGGUCACUUUUCAUGUUUCAGGUUUACCCGUUGAGGUCAAAGGACAUAUAAAUAACACCAAUUUCGAAAAUAUUACCACGCUUAGCGCUUUCAAUCAUAUGAAUAAAGCUUAUAGUGUCGGACGUCGUACGCAUCGCGAUGGCAAUGUUGUCGUUUUCGUUUCUCGAACAGUAGUAAGUGAUCAAGUACGAUACAUGGAAUUGGGUUCGCACCAAUUUCGAGAAGUUUUUGGUGAUAUAUCUACAGUUCAGUUUGUCGCUUCCGAUUACAUCCUUCAGCGUGGUGAUUUUUCGGUUGCACAGUUACUCUUUAUAAGUUAUCAAAACAGCUCCGAUGAAAUUGUAGCAUUUCGCUUUUCAGAAAUAAUGGCCAACUUUGAUGAAUUCAACUUAAGAUUGUGUGCUUACGAUUUUACAAUGUGGUCAAGAGGUAUCGUCACUGAUAAUCCUAGAUGUAUCGAAUCUCUGCUCAGUAUCAGGCUUGAUUUCCCGAUAACAAUUGCAAAUUUAUCGAUACUCCCUCACCGCAAUGUCUCGAGCCAAUAUGGACUGAAACUCUGGCCAAUAAAUAAUUAUAUAAGAAUCAAUUUGGAUAGAGAUGGUUGGGAUAAAAUUGUCGAUUUUGUCGCACUUGCAAUGACAGCGAUGCCUGGUUAUCUUCUUUUGGUUCUUACAGCGGAUCGUCAAUACACACGAUAUCGAUUUUCAAUUCAUUACGUUGAUUCUAAUACUUUCCGGGUAACUAAUCAUCCAGAUGAGGUGAUAAUUCCAUACAAUGGACGUCAUAAUGAUGUUAAAAUCUAUUAUCACGAUAAUCCAAUCCCUCAAGUACUUAUUACGAUGGGUCGAUUUCAAUAUCAUUCAAAUAUUAAUCUGUGUCCACUCUUGUCAAACUCUUCUUGUCUCGACUGUACAACUACCAAAUACUUUGAUGAUGGUGAGAAUGAAAGAUUUUGCCAAUGGACACAAAGUGAAGAAAGUCAACUUGGUACUUGUUCAUCAAAUUCAAGUGCAAUUCCUGAAAAUGUAAAUGGUACAAGAGAAAACUCGUGUGUUCGUGUCACAGAUUUAUACGCAACUAGGUCAUUGUCGAACGGGUUUGACAUGGAUAUUAGUGUAGAGGGUUAUGGUGAAUCUUCGGCAUUGGCCUUUCCCUUUUUAAUCGAUUUCGUUGGAACGCAAGAUGUACCAGAAUGUCAAUUUGUUCGAUUCAAAGACUCAACAGUCUCAUUCAAAUGUGAUCAAAUUCCUAAAAGAGAGAACGAAACGGCAGGAGAAGUCAAGAUCGAAAUUUCAGUUUCUCGUAUUGUCUCAUCGAGAAACGAGAUCUUGAGCUGGCAUUUAGCAACUGAACCAUUUUAUAUACGAAGUUCUUCUAAAUUACCGUUGAUUAUAGCUUCGAUUUUUGUGUUGACAAUAAUUGGUGUAAUUGGAUUUUACAUUUUUCAAAACAGAUUCAGAAAAGGAGGAAAAGUUACACGAUUUGGUUCGGGUAUCAAACUUGUUGGUCAACGUAAAGCUCAGUUAAAAUCUGGUUCCGUGUUAUCAAUCUCUUCGAAAGAUAUUCUAGCUGUUAAAUCAAAGAAAUCUCAAAUCGGCUCAUCUAAGACCAAAUCGAUCUUAGAACUGAGAAAAGGUAGUGGAUUAGGCAAGAGUAAAGCCAGUUCGAAAACUUCAUUGUCUAUGAAAUCGAGCCAAAGCAAAUCGAAAUUGUCUCAACUCAAACGUAGCUCAAGCGUUGGACCAGUCGAUUCAAAGAAAUCCCAAGUUUCCUUAGCUCGUGCCAAUUCUGUCUCAAAGGUCAAAUCAAAAUCCAGCUCCAAAUUAUUAAUAAAACCUUCUAUAGCUCCUAAAGGUAAAUCUCCUUCCAAAGUACCUGGAAAAGUUCUUGGUAAAAGUCCAACGAAAACCUCGAAAAGUCCAUUGAUGAAAAAUAUCGCACCGACUCUGGGGAAACUUAAAUCUAAAGUAUCAUCAUCAUCAUCUUUAUUAUCUUCAUCGUCUCAGUGAGCUCAACAUCGAUAGUUGGAUCAACAUUAUCGCAACAAUCGAUUGUUCCAAAAAAAACCAAUCCACCAAAAGAAACAAAAAAAUGAUUCAUUAAAAUUUCCAAUUUAUCUUCGUCUUCUUUGUUAUCUUUAAGAAUUCGAGUAUCGGUGCGAAUGGAUAACCGAGAUUUUGGUUGGCCGCGUUUUUAGAAAUUUC